AUGUCAGUAACCCAUUUACUGUUGAUCGAGCAACUCUCCCACCAUCUUGUGUAUGGAGCUGUCAAAGUGUUUAGAAGUUCAGCAUAUCACGAAUCUGACGUGAUUGCGGGAUCUACAAUCCAGAAACCCGUCACCAUGGCCUCUAAAACGUCGAUGCUUACUUUUGUCAAACAAAAACUGAGGUUUCGGUAUACGAAUCAUAUUGACAUAAAUGGCAUUCGUGCGUUUGUUGUAAUCGCUGCAGCCUUAUCAUUUGACAAGAACGGAUCUUUUUAUCGACUAUUGUGGUGGUGUCGUCUUCUGCCAGAAGACUCGAUCGCUUUGCGAGUAAAUAAUAAGAUGAACGGUGCACUCGCAACGCGACGCUUCCUGCUACGAUGGUUCUCCUCUGCUUCUACGAAGCGAACGUGUCUGUAUGACCUGCAUCAGAAAUACAAUGGAAAAAUGGUACCGUUCGCAGGAUACGAAAUGCCUGUUCAAUAUUCUGAUCUGAACAUCCAAGAAUCCUCUCGGCAUACGAGGAAUCAUGUUAGUUUGUUCGACGUUUCCCACAUGUUACAAACACACAUUACAGGAAAGGAUAGAGUCGCGUUUAUUGAGAGCCUUACAACUGCGGAUGUUGAAGGUCUGGUUGAGAAUAGUGGUACACUUUCGGUGUUUACAAACGAGAAGGGAGGGAUAAGAGACGACCUUAUCGUCACAAAAACCGAUCGUGACUACAUUUACAUGGUUACCAAUGCUGGUUGUAUCGACAAAGAUCUACCUUAUCUACAGGAAAAUGCAGGAAAGUGGAGGUCUAAUGGCAAAGAUGUUGGGAUCGAAAUUCUUGAUGGAAGGGGAUUGGUAGCUGUUCAAGGUCCUGAAAUGGUUAAAGUGCUCCAGCCAGAAACGGAUAUUGAUCUCAAGAAGUUAACAUUUAUGAAGACAGCUGUUGGGAAAGUGUUUGGUAUUCCGGAUUGCCGAGUAACACGAUGCGGUUACACCGGAGAAGAUGGCGUUGAAAUUUCCGUAGAUGCUAAAGAUGCUGCAUCACUUACAGAGAAACUGCUUCAGUCAAAGAACGGUUCCGUGAAAUUAGCUGGAUUGGGUGCGCGAGAUGCGUUGCGAAUGGAGGCUGGACUAUGUCUGUACGGCAAUGACAUCGACGAAAAUACCACACCUGCUGAAGCUGGUCUUGCUUUUGUUGUAGCCAAGCGUCGUCGCGAAACCCUCGGUUUCCCCGGUGCAGAGAAGGUGGUUGGUCAACUGAAAUCUAAAUCAUGGUUAAAGCAACGAGUUGGGCUUGUCUCAGAACCUGGUCGUGCUCCAAGAGCGCACUUACCACUGAUCGAUCCUCUCGAUAAGGGCGCGAUCGGAUUCGUUACUUCGGGGUGCCCUUCUCCAUGUCUUAAUCAAAACAUUGCUAUAGCCUAUGUUGACAAGCCAUAUGCAAAAGUAGGAACAAAGUUUGUUGUUGACUUCGGCACAAAACAGUCCAAAGUUACGGUGACCAAAAUGCCAUUUGUGCCUACUAAAUAUUAUACAAAGUCUUCUUGA